AUGAUGACGUGCCGUCUGCUGUGCGCCCUGUUGGUGCUUGCCCUGUGCUGCUGCCCGUCCGUGUGCGUGACAGCAACUGGUGAAGCUCAAGAUGCGGACAGCUCCAGUUUAUCGCCUGCUCAGCCAGCAGAAGCAGGUGUUCCGGGUUCAGCAAAUAGUUCCAAGGCGCCAAGUUCAACAGGUCUGGAAGUUACGUUACCGGGACCCCAAAAACCGGACGAUAAGGGACAAGCAUCAGACACGAGGAGUGAUACCGCAGGAAGUACAGGUGGAGUGGCCGAUACGCCAGGGAAUUCAGGUCCAACAAGUCCGGCGUCUGAUACAGAACAGGGAAAGGGUGGAUCCGGUAGGUCUGGGAGUUCAGGUACGGCGGCCGAUACGGCACAGAAAAAUGGUUACAACGAUACGACAGAGCCAAAAAGUGGCAAUAAUCCAUCUAUAGACCAAACAAAUACGAAUGCCGACGAUUCGGCCGAGAAGACCACGGUGACCACGACAAGCACGACGACGACCACUACAACAAAGGCACCAACUACCACCACCACUACGACUACGGAGGCGCCAACUACAACGACCACCCGCGCACCGUCACGUCUUCGCGAAAUCGACGGCAGCCUCAGCAGCUCUGCGUGGGUGUGUGCCCCGCUGCUGCUCGCCGUAUCCGCGCUGGCGUACACCACUCUGGGCUGA